UACUGCAUAUUUUGGAAAGUUGUUUGUUAUCUUUGGUUAAAAUACAUUUUAACCAAUUUUUGCAUGAUGCGGCUCCUAAGAUCAAGGCGCAAGUUUCUGUCUGUGUUGUAAUUGGGCACCAUUUUGAAUCAAGGUUGCAGACGGAACUUUUCAAACCUGCACUUGUUUCAAAACCGUGCUGGUUCUUUUGGUUUCCUAGAAUUCCUCAGCCAAUCUGGGUAUGAGGCUGCUGGUAAUAAAAUGAAUAGAAUCAUAAAACGCUGGCAACCUUACAAACAAACCGUUUGUUUUUGUUUUGUUUUGUUUUAGAGCCGAAUGAGGGUACAAAAGUCGGUUCUUGCAGAUUAAAAGGCUCCUGGAAAAAUGCUUCCCGAACAUGCUGGAAAUUGUUGGGGAAGUUGGUGGUCAAGGUGCCUUUGAGGUGCUUCUUCCAGCAUCCGGUCAGGUUUUGCACUCGAAGACGAAUGGCGAUGGAUUUGUGGACAGCAAUGAUAAGGUGAAAAUAAUCUGCACCGGCAUCAGAGCGAACCUGAAGACCAAGAGCAAAUGGAACCCCACAAAAGAAUUAGAAUCGUUCUCAAUUGUGGGUGCGCAGUCGUCGGUAGAAAGCCAAGGGAUCGGCAAAUCAGAAACCAAACCAUCACUGCAGCUGGCUCCAGGACAACCGUCCACAGUGGUGCAGGUGCAAGAACGGCGAUCAGUACCGAAGCCGAAGUUGGAACAACCGCCAACGGUCAAACAGAUCAUGCAGGUGCAAAAAGGCUGAUCAGCACCGGGGCCGGCAUUUGGACAACCAUUAAUGGUGGAACGGAUACCGGAGAUGCCAAGAGGCUGAUCAGCACCGAGGCCACCGUUUGUACAACAGCCAACGGUGGAAGAGAUGCUGGAGGCGCAAGAGAGCUGGUCACCACUGAAGUUGGAGUGCGGACAGCCGUCAACGGUGGAAUGGAUACCGGAGAUACCAAAAAGCUGAUCAGCACCAAGACCACUGUUUGUACAACAGUCAACAGUGGAACGCAUGCUGGAGGUGCCAAAAGAGUGAGCAGCACCCAAGGCGGCAUUUGCACAACCAUUAAUGGUGGAACGGAUGCCGGAGAUGUCAAAAAGCUGAUCAGCACCAAGACCGCUGUUUGUACAACAGUCAUCGGUGGAACGCGUGCUGGAGGUGCCAAAAGGGUCAACAUCACCAAAGGCGGUACCGGUAUUUCGACAACCAUUAAUGGUGGAACGGAUGCCGGAGAUGCCAAAAGGCUGAUCAGCACCAAGACCGCCGUUUGUAAAACAGUCAUCGGUGGAACGCAUGCUGGAGGUGCCAAAAGGGUCAACAGUACUGAAGCCGGAGUUCGGACAACCAUUCUCGGUGGAACGGACGCUGCCGGUGCAAAAAGGGCGACCAGCAGCACCAAAGCAGGCACCGAAGCAACCAUUAACGGUGCAACGGAUGCUGGAGGUGCAAGAACAGCAAUCAGCAUCAAAGCCGGCAUCGGAACAACUGUUAGCGGCGGAACAAAUGCUACAGGUGCAAGAACAGCAGUCAGCAUCAAAUCCAGCGUCGGAAAGAUCAUUCACAGUGGAACAAAUGCUGCAGGAGCAAGAUCAGCAGCCAGCAUCAAAUCCAGCAUCGGGACAAGUGUUAUCGUUGGAACAAAUGCUGCAGGAGCAAGAAUCAGCGAACGACGAAGCCCCCAUUCCAGGGAGGCGCAAAUUCAUCAAGACGACCAGGAAGUGAAGGUGCCAUUGGAGAGCAGAUUAUGACGGUAUUGUCCGAAAAGGUGGAGUGACCUUGGGCGAUCCUUGAUAACCCCCUGCCCUCCUCAGCUAGUAUCCCUCACCUAGCUGGCAAUAAUAUUAAUAAAAA